AUGUCUUCAGGCUCCAAGGAUAGGCAAUUUCUCGCCGUGAUCGGAGAUGAGGACUCUGUGACCGGACUUCUACUUGCAGGCAUAGGUCACGUAACGGAUCCUCCAGACUCCCAGCGCAAUUUCCUUGUCGUUGACUCCAAGACCGAAACGAGUGCCAUUGAAAAAGCGUUCAAAAAUUUCACACAAGAGAGAAAGGAUAUCGGUGUCCUACUCAUAAACCAGCAUGUGGCUGAAAGAAUACGAAAUAGCGUAGACAAAUUCACCGAAGCUUUCCCGGCCGUGCUUGAGAUUCCAAGCAAGGACCAUCCUUACGACCCCGAGAAGGACAGUGUAUUACGACGUGUGAGAAGACUCUUUGGCGAGUAG